CACGGUGGGACUUAAUGAGCACUAACCCCCUCAGUCCAUCGAGCAUCAUGAACGGAUUACAUCGUGAAGUCAAAAAGUUCCUUCCCUUAAAUGACUCCGAAUCAGCAUCCAAAGACACCUCUGUUUCAACCCUCGAACCUAUUCAGCAGCAUACAAGGAUCAGUCUCGAUGGAAGAACACCCGUUAGACCACAGGACACAGCCCGGUUUGGCGAGGGUGGCUUAUCCAAGCAGGUCUACGAACGCGAGGCUCAAGCUCGUGCACAGAUAAGCCAACUUGAAGCUGAAGUCGACAGAUUGGUCAGAGAGAAAGAGCAGCUGUGCGAGGAAGCCCGGAUUCGCGAGCGUCGGGUAGUUCAUGCCUCGAAGAGACAGGCAGCCCGAACCCAUCAGCAUGUGGCCAGCCUUGAAAACCGGAUCAGCGAUCAGCAGUUCAGACUAUCAGAAUCUGCUCGAGCGCUUGCUGCACAAAAGGAAAAAAGCGCGAAACUGGAAGCUAUGGUGAUUGCUAGGCAGGAGUUAGCUCUCCAAGCUCUAAACGCAAAGAAGGGACCAACUCCGAUGGAAGACCAUGAUGUUCGGCGCGCUCUGCGGAAGCUACAUAUGGCCAUACGCUCGUGGGCCAAAAUCUAUGCUGUAUCCGAUGUAUCCGAUUUAGAAGGCAUACCAGCAUCGAAACUUGAUUUGCUUGUGGAGGAGCUGGGGUCAUACUGCAGCGAGACCACGUGGACUUCUUUGAACGAGAAGCUGUCUAUCCCUGUCAACAGAGUCCCGGACAUUCUCGUACAAGCUGCCUUGUCCAGCGUCGUAUUUGAAUGGAUCUUUGAGGACCCCUUUUUUCUUUUCCAUGACAUGGCAAUCAGUGGUUCCUUCUCCCUUAGCAACGAUUUGGGAAGCAUUUAUCAUCACAUGAAGCAAGGCAAGAAAUCAGUUGACGAAGUGGAGGCCCAUGCUUGGCGAUCGCAGAUGUUGCGAUUACUCUCCGUCCCCACAGAACAAAGUGCAAAGCCACUACUGGGCAGUCAAUCUGGCAGCCUUAGCAGGAACCUAGCGGACCAGUUCAUACAGAGCGCUACAGGCGCGUUGCUAAAAGAACCUGAAAGUAGAGAAACUCUUGAGACUCGAGUCAAAGAGCUUGAAGUUCUCCUUUCUGAAGCUGCUGAUCUGGCUCUGUCUCUAUGGACUCAACGUACGGAUAUGGGGUGCUACAGCCUUUACGAGCUUCCACAGUUUUGUAACGGAGAUCCAAUGGUUGAAGCGCAUCGCCUCCAUCAUCUUGAUGACGGGGAUGCGCGUCUAGAUUGUGCCAAUAAUGUGCUCGUUGUUUUCCCUGCUGUCGUGGCAUAUGGGUCUGUACAUGGUGAGCAUUACGACCAGUCAAAGGUGUGGGCAGCAGCAACUGUGUUGGUCAAUAACCAAACUGCAGAUACCAAACAGGCACAUUCCCGCAAGAUGAGCAGCUCUAUCAAAGUGGAAGAAUUUGAUCAGGCGAAGAUUCUCCCCAAGGCAGAGAACUCCAUGAAGCUAAAAGAUUGUAUCACGGUGGGAAAAUCUCCCAGGGUGGAAGCUCCUGUCAAGGUGGAAAGUUGUGGCAGUGUGGAAAAGCGUCCUAGGGUGGAAUAUGAAGAUGCGGAUGAUCCAAUGGUUCUUGACUUCGUUUAG